AUGACGAACCCUCCUCCGAAGGAAGACACGUGGGCGAUGCAGCCCAUCGGCGCGCCUUUUCCAGAAAAUCCCGUCAAAGUGAGUUGUGCUGAUGAAACAUCGGGGAUCUUCAAACUGAAAGAUUAAAAACUGAUUGCAGUGCCCCAACGAACAGAACAUGUACGUUGCGCUGUGGUACAAGCAUGGAAAGCCGAUCCACGGACGCUCUUGGAACAACGGUGGAGUCGUCGAGUGCUCUUUCCCUUACAAGAACGCGGAGCUGACGACCAAGCAGCAGCUUGAGGGCCAGAUUCAAGUCCUGCAGUACAUGGGAAAUCAUUUGUCGCAAGGCUUCUGGUACGAGUGGAUUCCUUACCACACUCGAAUUGAAAAGAUCGACGACAAGCACCAGAUCGUGAGAUGCGGAGAUUCCUUCCCUCUCUUCUGGAAACGCCCUGAGGUACGUUCCAGAGUGUGGGAACUAAUAGAAACUCAUUAUAUCUGAAAAACCUUUUCGUAACCUUUUCUAAGCCAACAACAGUCGGCGUCGCUUCGGCUCAUUUAAAAAAAAUUGUUUCUUUGAAUUUUUUUUUUUAUGGAAAGAUCGUUUAAAAGUUCCAGUUUCUCAGACAAGUUCGUUGGAAUGAACGUUUUUAACCACCGAAUGUGACCCUAUAUGACGUUCGAUUGAAGUUUUAGAAAGCAAAAAUUGCUCAAAUUCUCAACUGAAUCCUUUAAUUUGCGGGAAAUUCAAACACUUGAAGAUGAAACUUUUAAAAAUUACAUGACAAUAUUAAUUGUUCAACUAAAGACUAUCUAUUUCAGUUGACGUCAAGAGAAAAUUUCAGGGCAAUUUGCUGGGCUAUGUCGACAACAAGACGGAGAUCGCAAUGUUUUCCCACAACGGCAAAGUGUACGAAAGAAAAGGACCAGAGCUGAACGACAUGCUGCUGCUCACGCGCAACUGCAUCGGAGGACCUCCAAACUGCGACUGCGAUGUGUGUGGCAAGGCACCACGUAAAGUUCCACGAGUUACGAUCGACGAAUGGAUGGACAUCCGCGAGGGCGAUCCAUUCCCAUCGCGGCCGCUCGUUCGCGCUCUCGACAAGAGCCUCGACACACUUGCCGGUGUUCCUGCCGACCAGUACGUCGGUCUCUGGUACAUGCAGGGAGAGCCGGUCAUGGGACGCGUUUGGAACAACAAUGGCAAGGUAUAUUUUCUCCGAGGUGUUCUUAAAAACUCGUAGAAAAAGAAAUAAGGAAGCAUUUGCAAAAUUCUUCAAGGUUGCUGCUUGCUUCUCCUGGUUCAACAACGAGUACAAAAAGAAUGUCGGUUCGUUCCAAGUGCUUGUACACUUGUCUGAGCACGUGCGUGGGUUCGACUACGGCUGGAUCCCAUAUCCGGAAGUAAGAUUUUCCAAACUGGUUAAAACGAAACUGACUUUUCAGGCGGCCAAGUUCGGCGACAAGGAAUGGCAUCCGGUGCACGUGGCCAACCACAAAGGCGAUAUCUCCGUCGGAGUCAUCACUACGGGAGGAAAGCAGAUCCUGGCCAAAGUGGACAUCCGCAACGAGAAGACGGGCUACGGCUACGAAGGAAAGGAGCACACGACCGUCGGACCUGCGGCCGCGUCGAGCGCUAUUGUGCUCUGUCGCAAGGCCAAGCCUGGCUGCAAACUCGACGGUUAA